UUAACAAGAGGAAACCUCUGGUUUCUCGGAUCUUUCUUUGUUUCCCCCGCCUUCAGAAAAGCUUGGCUCACUUUGCAAGGUGUGGUAACUUUGCAAGACUGACAGGCUCUCUUUUCUCUUCCUCCUAUUCUACAAAUAAUUCUACUACCCGGAAGGGGCCAGAGGAGAGAUGGCUAGUGAUUCAGUAAUACUGGCUGCAGUCACUAUUCUUUCCAUCUGCCAACAAAUGUUCUUUGUUUGGAAGGUGGGAAGCGCCAGGAAGAAGUACAAGAUCCAACCCCCAGCAACCAGCGGGUCACCAGCAUUUGAGAGGGUAUUUCGUGCACAACAAAACAGUGUGGAAUUUUUCCCCCUAUUCCUGGUCACCCUCUGGAUGGCUGGAUGGUUCUUCCACCAAGGCUUAGCUGCCCUUCUGGGCCUGGCAUACAUAUAUGCUCGUCACCACUACUUUGUUGGAUAUUCAGAGGCGGUUCAAGAAAGGUUAAUGGGCUUCCGGAUGAGUCUGGGAGUUUUGUUUUUGCUGUUCAUCCAGGCUACACUGGGAAUUGCCAACAACUUUCUGGAUGAAUACGUAGGCUUCAACAUUUUCAAGAUGUUUCGUCACCUGUUCUAGACCUUUUCCCUCCCUUUUUAAUAAUUUUGGGUUGUUUUUCCACCCUAGGACACAGACUAAAAUACAUGAAAUCAAAAUUCCCAAGUUUGAAUUGAAGCAUAGAAUAAUAAUGCUGAGAAAUCAUCCAGCUGAACUCCCUCCUUUUACAGCGUGAAGAAACUGAGACCCAGAGUUUGUCUCCAGAUGUUUUCUUGAGAUAACUUUGGAAAAAUGUUCCCUUUCCACAACUUAUUACUUGCUUAAUUUUCUCUGAACUAUAAUUUGUCCUUGUAUGAUGG